CACGAUCGGCAAUAACGCAAUACCGCCAUUUCUUGCAGCGAGGCCCUCUGUGAAGACACUGCCCUUCGUCCGCGCUCCGCAUUCUGGCCCCUCCCUGCGCUCGUGCCGCGUCCCCGACACCGCUCAUGUCCGGCUUCAGGAUCGCGGAGAAUGGAUAUGGAAGACAUGAGCGUCCAGAUGGUUGCCGCCGACACAGCAGCUGAGGCCGCAGCGGACGUCGCUGCCGCCGACCCCUCCAACCGACAUCCCAAGAAGUCCAGCCAGACCUGCAUUCCCUGUCGCGUCCGCAAGGUGCGCUGCGACGGCCGCCGCGACGUCUGCCAGAAUUGCGAGCGCCUGGGCUUCACCUGCUCCUUUCAGGAUGGCGCGUCGCCGAACCAGGAUCCCGACACUCUCGCCGCUUUCGCCCUCCCUCGACGGCGCGUCCGCUUGGCCUGCGCCAACUGCCAUUCCAGAAAGGCCCGGUGCAGCGGCGAGACCCCCAAGUGUGCGCGAUGCCAAGCCCAGGGCAUCGAGUGCGUCUACAAGCCGACCAAGCGGUCGGGCGGCGCCGGUGCCGCUCCCCAGUCCGCCCAGCCGGGCACCACCGACUCCGAGCUCGAGUCCGUAUCGUCUGAGCCGCCGGAGAAGAGGAUCAUGACCAGCAAGGACAACCAGCGCUCGCAUCGCGGCUCCCAGGAUGGCCCGGACCAGCACCACCAUUUCGAAUCCAACGGCGCGCUGGCGGGUGCGACGCCGAAUCGGGAACCGUAUGCGCUCGACGAGGGGGUUUCGUCUAGACUACCAGUGAAAACUAAUACUCCUCUCAGGUUCACCUUUCCCGACGAGGCCCUAACCCAGCGGACCUUCGGCAAUUUCUUCCGCCAGAUCCAUCACGUGCCAAUCUUUUCGUUCCUGCAUCGCGCCUCACUCAUGCAGCGCUACCACGCUGGUAUGAUGGAUAAGGCGCUGCUUCUCGCCCUGGUGGGAAUUACCUCGCUGCUCAUGGACCUGGGCCCUGGCACGCGCGAAUACGGCGCCAGAUGCGUCGACGAAUGCCAGGCCAUGGUACUUCGGGACCUCGAAAACCCGUCGACGAUCAAGAUACAGGCCCUCGUUUUGGUCAUGAAGCACAGGAUGCUGUCGAAGAAGUUCACCACCGCUUUCAUGCUCGCGGCAACGGCAACGCGCUUCGCCUACGCCCUGCGGCUGAAUUACGAGAACCCGAACCUUUGCUUCCUCGCUAGGGAGUCCCGGAGGCGGUUGAUGUGGGCGCUUAUUACCAUCGACUCCGGCAUCAACGGCGGCUGCCCGGAUUUUACCUUGAUGCCGUCGGAAUCGAUGCAUAUCCAGCUGCCUUGCACCGAGCGUAAUUUCGAGUUCGAUCUGCCGCAAGUCACCGAAUACCUCCGACCCGUCCCGACGCGCCCUUUUGCCGAUGACAUCGGCUCACUAGCGCUUCACGUGCGGCUCUUGUGGAUGAGAAGCCGAGUGCUGUACUGCACCAAGAACGUGCUAGGCAUGCCCGAAGCCGAGCUCACCCAACUCCCAGAGCUCGUCAAGGUGCUGUCCGACGAGCUGUCCGGCUUCAACGAUCACUUGCCUUCCUCGUUCAAGUUCUCCGAGAGCAAUCUACAGCUGCGCGCUUACUCACCGCGGCUAUGCGUUUAUAUCAUGAUACACGUGUGGUGGCGGCAAUGCCACUGCGAUCUCUACCGGAUAUUUCUCCCCGGCUUCAAAGAGGCCCUGCCCCAGUCGGGCCUAAAUCGAUUAGACCCUCAGUUCGCGGCGUACUGCGCUCGCCAAUGCUACGAACAUGCCUUGGCCAUGGCGGAUAUUUUCAAACUCAUCUUAUCCCUCGACGGCGGCCUGCCCGUCACCGACCUCGAUCUGCCAGCCUGCGCGUAUCAAUGCGCACGAAUUAUUUUCUUCGUCUACCAGACGAAUAAUGGCGAGAUUGGGAUAACGUCGAGCGAGCUGCAGGAUCUGACAACGAGGUGCCUGACGAUCGUGAAGUCGAUGGAUCACGUUCCAGCCGGCGCCGCCAUUGUUGCCGAUCUCGAGAAGCUGAUCGCUCGCUGCCUCUCCACGCCUACGAGCGUCACCCCGGGCAGCCAGGAGGCCCCCGGCCCUGCCGAACACAGUAUUGCGCCUCAGCAUGUCAUACCAAAUCACAAUACACUUCCACGGCAUAUGCAGGUUAUCGAUGAAGGUGGCUUCGGUACCAUGCCUAUCUUGUCUCCCACACAUCUCACCUCGCCGCAGCCGCAGGGAAGCUCGAUGUCCACGUCAAUCGCGCAUCCCGUCGGCCGUCAGCCGCCACAGCAUGCCCAGGGGUCUCCCCUACAGACGGCGCCAAUCGGCGAUUUCAACAUGGCGAAGCAGAAUCUACCCCCUGUGCUGCCGCCCGACGGAGUCGAUAAUAACAAUGCCUUCGAAGGGGCCAUGGACGGCUUCGACUUCAACUUUGAAUCAUUCGGGAACAGCGGGCUGGAAUCGGGGUCCUGGCUCUCGAAUGACUGGCUGAACACCGAAUAUUCCCAGGCGACCGUCUGACAAACCUCACGUUUGCGACAAGUGAUAUGUUGCUGUUAUAUCCGCGACGCUCUAGGGGAUUCAGUGGCGCUCAUGCGUGAUGACACUUGCAGGCCGCCCCUUUCAGUAUCCUCCCAUAUUAGCCAGGAGGGAUGAUCCGAAAGGGUCGGCGAGACGCAGGCAAUCAUAGUCGACGCCCCCUCGCCCCCUCCCCCUGUUCCCCUUCUGGUGAGCGGCACUGC